GGUAGGGUGGAGCUGUUUCUACCUGCACUCACACACACACAAACACUCACACACACCGGAGUGAGUCAAUAAUGGCGUUAUACUUUUAGACUUUGGAGCGUUUUCAUCGACUUAUAUUCACCGUCGUUUUCUUUCUGAGUCCAAACUGUCGGUUUCGGUCGGUAGGUAUGAGUCAGCCGCCCCGUUCAAACCGGGGCCACCGGGAGAGGAACGGAGACCACCGACACUACCGAGACUCACCGGAUGACCGACGGGCAUCACCCGACAGGUCUUCCUCUCGACCCCCAUACUACCCCAGAGAGGCCGACUCCCCUCCCAAACAUGUGCGGGAAACCCCUCGAGUGGAGCACCAGGAGUCCAAAUGCUCCAACGUCUGCUCCAGGAGAGGCAUCGUGCUGAUCUGCUCCGUCCUGACCAACGCUCUGGUCCUGAUCUGCGUGGUCGCAGCUCAGCUGGUGUCAUCGGGCAUGUCGUCGGCGAGCGCCAUGGGCGGCUUCGACAUCAACUCCAACUUUAACCUGCAGGGCACCGAACUGGAGAAGGCGCGAAGGUUGGACAGCCAGUACAGCCAGAUGAGGGCGCCGGGCAUCUACGGCGGCAUCGCCUUCAGCCUGACCCUCGGGGUCCUGUCGCUGCUGUUUGUGGUCGCUGGGAACAAACCGCCUCACCUGAUGUCCCGGAAGCUUCUGUUCGGAGCGCUGGUGUUCCAGGCGGUGGGCGCGGUGGCGUACGUGGUGGCCGUGGGGCUCUACCUGCACUUCAUCAUCAAGGUCAACUCCACGGACGUGUGUCAGGAGCGGGAGCGGCUGUACGCGCGGUCCGGCUACACCUGGAUGAACUGCGACGUGGGCGGGGCGGACGCGGGCGUGGCUCUGUUCGGGCUCAUCACCGCCAUCCUGUACGGCGCCGGCACGGUGCUCACCAUCCAGACCAUCCGGAGAGUGAGGCGCUACCUGCAGGAGCGAAAACGCAGAGCGGAAGAGAAACAGCAGGCCCGAGGCCGCCCGCAGAGAGCGCCGCUGAGGGCGGAAACCACCGCUGUGUGAGGGGGGGGGGGGGUGAACAUCAGCUGGUUAAUGUUCAGAGCAUCACGAAAAGAGCACAGUAAUCAUUCCUACAGGAGCCUGAUGUGGACAAAAGGAGUGAGUUUACAAGAAUAUGACAUUUUUAUAUGAUUCCCACUACGGAGCCCCUGAAAGGGAACACUUGCAUUGAUUUCCAAUACUUUGAUCCAUACAUGGAUGUAUAAUAAAUGAUGUGUCAGUGACUCAUAAUCAGUAAACUACUCUGAUAUCUCUCCUGUAACCUCUCGGUAGUUGAGCGGGUCGGCGGAGGAGACGCAGUGUCAGCAGUUUGGAGAUAUUUUAAGCAACCUUUACAACAACAACAUUUAUGGACAUAAAAGUAGCAGUAGGUGACUUUUAUAAAGAUUCACUUUUGUUUCCACUAUAUCUGAACAAAAACAAGAAGCAGUUGAUUGUCUCGUUCUCUGGUCAUCAAACCGCUUUGGGUCGGUGGUUUGAGGCUUCGGGCUUUGUGCUGCAGCUAAUAUUGAAGUCACACAUCCACAGUUUCUGUGUCUGUCAGAUAGAAGAACCAUUUUUUUUUGCACAACCACGUUUCCAGCCUGGGUUUAAAACAGACUUGUAAAAAAACAAAGAAAAGCUGCCUUUAACUUUCUUCUGUUCCUGACAGUGUUGAUCAUUGUUCUCUUAUUGCGGGUCCACAUGAACUGUUCAAGGUCCGGUGUGCGACACUGAGGAGGAGCUGUGGGCAGAAAUGGAAUAUAACAUUCGUAGGUAUGUUUUUAUUUGUUACCUGAGAAUGAGACGUUUUUAUCUACAGUGGCCCAGAAGGGACAAACCAAACACUGGCUCUAAAUUAGGCCGCCGUAGUUUCCCCCCACACGCGUGGAAGGCUGAUCUGUAUUCAGUCCUGCAACUUCCUCGCUUCACCCUCCGCUUCCGAGCGCGAAGGAGAAACUACGGUGGCCUCGAAACAUGCAAAAAACACAAACCUUAUCUAGAAUCACAGUUUGGUUUGUCCCUUCUGGGCUACUGUAGAAACAUGGCAGACUCCGCCUCUGUAUUUUAAGUUAUAUUUUAGUAAUAAUGAAAACAUUAUAUUCCAUUCCUGCCACUGAAUGUGACACACUGGACCUUUUUAAUUACUUUAAUUAUUAAUUAUAUUCAGCAGCAAUAACAGCCGCACCGCACUGUCCCUUCUUUAAGUGUAUCACAGGUUAGUUGUGUGACUUUACCUGGUUGAACACAAGUUAUUGCCGCCUGUGGGUAUCACUGAGACGUUAAAUACUCCACUCAUGGUGCUGUUAUAUUCUAUAUAACAUAUAUAUUAUAUUCUGUGACUGUGCUCGUGGUUGGAUCAGUAAACUGAACCGGUUCAUAACCAGUUAAUAACCAGUUAAUCACUAACUUGCUUUGUGAUACAGGUCUGAACUGUAUGUUGGAUUUGUGUGAACUCAAAAGGGAUUAAUGUUUUUAACUGUUUACUAGUUUUAAUUAAUGUAUUUUUAUAUCAGAGUUUUUGUCUUUAUAAUGCAAUUUUGAUACAUGAAUGUAUCCACUCUUAAUUAAACCUCCAGCAAUGUGAUUCUA